AUGAGUAUGAAUGUGUUCUUUUUAGAAUCAAUGAGCGGUGGCAGUGUAUUCGGACGUUUGGAAGCGAUGGGCAGUGAAUUUGGUGUCGCGGCAGCCGAUGAUGAUGAAAUAACGCGCAAGAGAAAUGCAAUCAUUGAUCGUAUUGCAGCUAUUGAUAAAGAAAAGAAAUACGUUGAUAAUCAGAUAGCCAUCUUACAACGUCAAAAAGAAAAACAUGAAAAAGAGUUGGAGCGAUCAAGUGAUAACGGAGACAAUGAUAAAGAGAAUAAUGAUGAUACCGGUGAAGACAUGGCAUCGAUGAGCCUUGUGGAGAGGAUUUAUGCAGAAAAUCGCAAAAAAGCAGCCCUUGCUGAAGCAGAUAUGCCAGCCAAACAUGCUCCAAGCAAUGCUAUAGUUCCCCAAUACCGCAAUCCAUGGGAUUUUCCAUUGGUGCAACAGACAAUGGAACGAUACAAGAUGGUGAAACCAUAUUUGGUGAAAUUGCUAACAGAACGCCGAAAAAGCGACUUACUGGCACAGAAAUAUCAAACUGAGAAAUACAAUAUGCUCUAUGCUGAAUGGCUGAAAAAAGACGAAAAAUACUGCAAGAGCCAGAAAAAGCUUCUUCGUGAUGAGAAACAUCGCGAAAUAUUCGAGAAGACAUUUCCGGAUUUGAAAAAAGCGCGUGAGGAGCGUGAACGCAUCGAAAGAGUCGGGUUAACAGCCGCUGAGCAACUAGAACAGGUAAAUUUUAUAAAAUAG